GCGCAUGAGCAGAACUCUGCGUGUUGGUUGUAAAUUGUAAACACAUUUCUUUAGUACAUCGGGUACAUAGCAAAAUUCAUAUUUUUCUACAUUUUCAUUCAGAAAACAGUAAAAAUUGAUUUUUAAAAACUGAAGAUAUGUUUCGAAGAAGAUUAAAAGCUUUAGAUUUCGAAGAUUGGGAAAAGUUUAAUGGAAACGAUCCAAAUGAACUUCGACAUCUUGUUUUGUGGCUUGAAGAUCAAAAAAUUCGCUAUCACAAACCCGAAGGACGAACAGCUUUACGACAAAUCGAAUCGAAUAAUUGGCCAAAUGCAUUUGAUCAAUAUUGCAAAGAAGUUGGAUGUCCACCGACAACUUCUUUGUUAGAUAAAGUUGAGUGGCUUGUAGGUCAAGCAAUUCGUUACGAAUACGAGGAUAAUCAAAAAGUCUGUCAAGAUAUUUUGAGUAACAAAUUAAACAAAAAAACCGAAAUCAUUGCUCCUACAGUGAAAUCAACAAAUCCACUCGACAGUUUAGAUUUUGACAGUAAAGAAUUCAAGGAAGGUGUGACCGCUUUAGCGAAACUUUUGGACAUUCAAGAACAUCCGGAUCAUUUGGUAACAUUAGAGGCAUGCAGUAAACUAGUUUGUAAAAAGUUAAGUCCAUCUGUUGUAAAAAAUCCAAGUGCCUUCAUACCCGAGGGUAAACCAUUUCCAAUUUUAGAAUAUAAAGUUGGACCCGACAUGAAGGAUCCGGUUUUAAAUAAAGCAUCGAGAAUUCUUCAACUCCUCUACAUUCAAGAUCUCCGCGAUUUACAAACGAAAAUCAACGAAUCCAUUGUCAGUGUUCAAUCGAUCACUGCGAAUCCAAAAACCGAUACGAAAUUGGGAAAAGUUGGAUUUUAAAAUAUUAGCUUUACAAUAAUUUAAUUUAUAAUUUAUCAAAAAUUGAAUCAUUUUAUAUGAAAUUUAAAAAUAAACAUAAAUAUUGUACGAUU